GAGAUCAUUCAUCAUUUUCCUCUUUUCGGCGCUGAUAUGCUAUGUAAUGGCUAUUCCAAAACCACUGAAAUUUCACAAAAAUCGCCAGAGGGUCAUGUCACAAGGUGCAUCUAAUCCAGCAAUGGCAUCGGGAUCUCCAGUGGGCAUGCGCGACUCCAUUAUUCCAGCCGCUUCUAUGCCUAACGCCAUGGGAGCCCCAGGAAUGGCCAACCCUGUGACAAAUGCCAUGUCCCCUCCCUCUGCAGCUAUGGCAAAUCAAGGCAUGCCGAUGCCCGACGUGAUGGCUGGUUCAAUGAAUCCGUCCAGUGGCAUGUUAAGCAGUUCAAUGUCCACACCACUCCUAAGAGACGCGGCGCAGUUAGCGAUGAUGACAGGGACCUCCAUGCCAGUGAUCACUCAGAUGAUGACGACGUCACCCAGCAUGCGAACUGUCUUGUCUAUGAUGUCAAGACUGGCGGGAAGCAUGAUGGCACGAGGUCCCAUGACGUCUAUGUCUUCUGCUCCAAUGAUGUCUGCAUCUCCUAUGAAUUCUAUGAUGACAAGUCCCAUGUCUACAAUGCCAGCAAAUUCAGUGACGCCAAUGAAUACAAAUGCCGUGAUGAAUAUGCCGUCUACUAAUGCUAUGGCACCAAUGGCUACAAGUCCUAUGAUGGCGAGUCCUAUGACGUCGAUGGCAGCCAAUCCCACAAUGCCAAUGACAAGUCCCAUGGCAGGAAGUAUGGCAAUGUCUCCUUCUAUGAUGUCAUCUUCAGGCAGCCCAAUGCCGGAAGCUCUAAUAAUGUCAAACAUGCCGAUGGGUUCAAGUAAUUUGAUGGGUCUUGAUUUCCUUUCACCAAGUGCGCGAAGAGCUUUGAAGAAAUAUACAUAUCAUAAAUAUUACUAAAUUUUUGUGAUAAUUAUGAAAAGGGGACUAUUUAUGUGUAAUUGCGUAUAAAAUGUAUGAAUGUUAAUAUUUUCGUUUGCGUUGUCUCAAUAUCUAAAAAUAAAACC